AUGAUGGCCAGACCGUACUCUGUAGUAGUGGCCCUCUGGCUGCUGGCGGGAUUCUCCAGGUUUGGCGAAGGGGCUUCUCAUCCUGGAUUCGUGGCCAGGAUCACCAGAAAAGGCCUGGAAUAUGCCGGCCAGUAUGGCGUGGCCGUCCUGAAGAAGGAGCUGUCCACCAUCACGCUGCCUGAUUUCUCAGGAGACUACAUGGCCGGCUGGAUUGGAAGUGUGAGCUAUGAGUUUCACAGCCUGAAGAUCCGUCACUUCCGGCUCGGGAACGCGGAUCUGAGCCUGCUUCCGGAGCAGGGCACGAGAGUCCGUCUGUCCAACAACCACGUGUCGGUCACCGGGGGCUGGAAAGCCACCAAGGCUUUCAUCAACUUCGUGGGCUAUGUGAGCAUUGACAUUUCCGGAAGCUUAAGCUGGAUUCUGAACCUAUUCCAUGAAAGAAUCGAAAACACCAUCAAAAGUAUUUUGGAACAAGAGGUCUGCAAAGAGGUCAGGAAGUCAGCAGCCUCCUAUCUGGAACCAUACCUCCGGACGCUGCCAGUCACCACAGUGAUUGACCAGUUUGCUGGCAUUGACUACAGCUUGGUAGGAGCUCCUGAGGUGACCUCUGAGGGCCUGGACACACCCUUCAAGGGUGAAUUCUUCAGCCUAAGCCAGCGCUCCGCAGUCCCUUUUGAUGCCCCAGCCAUUAGGCUGCCCCAGCAACACGAGCGCAUGCUCUACUUUGCCGUGUCGGAAUACGUCUUCAACACAGCCAGCCUCGUCUACCACCGGGCCAGGCCCAUGCGCAUCGUCAUCCGAACUGAGAACGUGAAGAAACUGGCUAACAACAAGUCAGCUAGAAAAUGGCGGAAGCAGAACUUGUACCCAAGCUGCCUGACCGCAAAUUCUACAACUUUAAGUACUCUGGUCUCCUGCUUCUCGGGGAACUUCCUACUGCUGCUGCUGCAACUGCCCCCUGACUCUCCAACCUACCUGCACACCAACGCAUUCCGGGCACUGGUUCCCCAGCUGGCCAGGUUGCACCCUGAUAUGGAGGUCGAGCUGGAGGCAUCUCCUGCAUCAGAACCAUUCCUGACGUUCACACCUGGAAAUGUGACUUUCAUGCCAGUGGUGGACAUCCGAGCCUUCGCCCUCCAGCCCAACUCCUCUGACCGCAAGCCACUCUUCCAACUCAGGGCGAAAACCAACAUUUCUGCCACCAUCAAUGUGAGCUCGGGUAGGAUCUUUGGUUCGGUGGCCUCAGGAAGUAAGCUGAAGCUCGAGCUGAAGCACUCCAGCAUCAGUCACUUCAACGUGGAGUUGAUGGAAGCUGUCUUCAACUACUAUGCGCUUAAGACCAUCUUCCCCUCUCUCAAUGCAAAACUUGAGAAGGGCUUCUCGCUCCCUCUUCCGAGGGACACCGCCCUCGGCAGCCUGGAGUUCCAAAUCCACAAGGUCAGUGAGAAGUGGGGUCUGAGCGAGGGGCUCUAA